CUUGAAGUCUGAAGUUUUUGCUGUUGCUCAUCGCAUAAGACUCGUUCAGCUCUUUAAUAUGAGGGAGUCUGGGAAGUAUCCCUUGAAUUCCGACAGACACGUGUGAUAAACCAAAGGGACCUUCGUCGUUUUAAAUAACUUUAAGAUUCUGUUUUGAGUAGAAGUUUUUAAAGGAAGGUGAUCAUGAUGUCUGAUGCCAGUGAAAUGUUGGCAGCUGCGCUGGAGCAGAUGGACGGCAUAAUUGCAGGUUCGAAAGCCUUGGGCUACACUAACGGCCUGUUUGAUUGUCAGUCGCCCACCUCGCCGUUCUUGGGCAGCCUGCGGGUGCUGCAUCUCCUGGAGGACAUGAGAGCUGCGCUGGACCUGAUGGAUCCAGAGGAAAAGGAGGGUCUGCGCGGUCAGGUCUCCGAAACCACAGCCGAGGGUUUGAUGGAGUGGCUGCAAGGCCGACUGACUAAUGGCCACGGGUCUGCAGUUGGGGAUUCGGUCUAUCAGGAGCGACUCUCUCGCUUGGAAAGCGACAAAGAAUGUCUGGUGCUCCAGGUGAGCGUUCUGACUGACCAGGUGGAAGUUCAGGGGGAAAAAAUCAGAGACUUGGAAAUGAGCCUCGAGGAGCAUCGCAUGAAGCUGCACGCCACUGAAGAGUUACUACAGCAGGAGCUGCUUGGCAGGAGUGCUUUAGAGACUGAAAAACUGGAGUUGCUGACAGAGGUGUCGAGUCUGAAACUGAAAGUGGCCGCUGCAGAUGGGGAUCACAGAGAAAGCGCAGGUCUUUAUCAGGAAGUCACCGACAUGCGACUCAGGUUGACCGACAUGGAGUGCGAGAGACAAGAGUAUGAGAGAGAUCUUCAAUGUACCAAAGAGGAGCUGAUGGCAUUAAGGAUGCAGCUGGAAGAGAGAGAUCAGACGGUCAGGAGACCGCACGACCAUCAGGAGACCCCAACCAUAGAAAGAUUACAAAGUGAAGUUAAAGACAUGGAAAACCAGAGGAUGAGGAAUGCUGUUGAGUCUUUAAAAGCAGCUAAUGAUGAGAAGGAUCUCAAGAUAAAAGAGCUACAGUCGCUCCAGACGCGAUACAAGAGAGUUCAGGAUAUGGUGAUGUCAGUUCAGGGAUCAAAAGACAAACCCAAAGAAGGAGAGGCACCAGAGGAUUUACAUUUUGGGACGACCGAUGCGACGGACACAGAGGAUACAGAUGAAGUACGUGAGGUCUCGGCUCUCUCUGUCACACAUGAGCCUCAGUUGAUUCCAUGCACAGAACUUUUUCCUGAAGUCGACAUCAGCGGAGUCCCUGAAGCCGAGAGCACAGCAGGACCUCAUGCACAAAGAGUUACAGACAGUGUCUCUGAAAUACAGCAGACAGAGAGGCCGUGUUUGGCAAGCAGUAAUGAGGAUGAUGCCAGUAAAAAUGGAGGCUCGACGUGCGUCUCCCCAACUCAUCCCAGCUCAGAGAGUUUUGGCUCUAAAAAAUCCCGUUCCUCUUUUGGACGAGGCUUCUUUAAGACCAGAGGCAACAAGAUGACAAACAGCUCACCAAACCUGGGUGAAGGACAGAACACAGGAACAGAGCAUUUGGAUUUGGCUGGAGCUUCACCUCAGAAGCCACAAGCGUUAGAGACCCAAUCACCUGAAGCGAAGAAGAAAUCAAAAGGGAUCAUGAAGUUUUUUGGAAGGAUGAAGAGAAGUCAGUCCAGCUCCGACGAUCUUGACGAAUCUCCAGAUGCACAGUUUAGGAGAGGCGGAGUCCGAGCUACCGCCGGCCCCAGACUUGGAUGGUCACGUGACUCGCAGAGACGCAAUAAUAAUGAGCAGGACAGCCCAUUUUCACGCUGGAAUAAAGAGCAGGUCUGCGAGUGGCUGCAGGAGCAGGGCUUCGGGUCGUAUAUAAACCAGGCACCGUGGAUCCGCUCGGGAGAAACUUUAUUAAAAGCAUCUCAGCAUGACUUAGAAAAGGAAUUGGGCAUCAGGCAUCCUUUACACAGGAAGAAACUACAGCUGGCCCUUCAGGCGCUGGGCACAGAGGAAGAUGCGCUGGGAAAACUGGAUUACAACUGGGUUACUCGAUGGCUGGAUGACAUUGGUCUGCCUCAGUACAAGGCUCAGUUUGAUGAAGGCCGGGUGGACGGGCGCAUGCUUCACUAUAUGACCGUGGAUGACCUGCUUGGUCUGAAAGUAGGCAGCGUGCUUCACCACCUCAGCUUUAGGAGGGCCAUCCAGGUUCUACGCAUCAACCACUACGACCCCGACUGUCUCCGUCGUAGACCAACUGAGAAUAACCCAACACCGGCUGAAAUCUGUCAAUGGACCAAUCACAGGGUGAUGGAGUGGCUUCGCUCUGUGGAUCUGGCCGAGUACGCGCCCAACCUGAGAGGAAGUGGAGUACACGGAGGCCUGAUGGUUUUGGAGCCUCGCUUCAAUGUUGAGACGAUGGCUUUGCUUCUCAAUAUCCCGGCAAAUAAAACGCUGUUGAGGCGUCACCUCGCCACCCAUUUCCAUCUUCUGAUUGGCUCAGAUGCACAGAUGCAGAAACAGAAAUAUCUAGAGAACCCAGAUUACACCGUCCUCACGGCCACAGCUAAAGUGAAGCCAAGGCGUUUGUCAUUCGGAGGUUUUGGGACAUUGAGGCGGAAACGUCUGGAAGAUGCAGAUGAGUAUAUCUGUCCCAUGAAUGUCGAGAUGCCAAUGAGCAGUAGCGUGCACAAAGACCUUUACAAAGAAGAAGAUCCGCUACAGCAGAUGGAGGACUCUGAGGGGACUAUGCAAAGGAUCGGUGCAUUCUCGGAAGAAAUCAAUAAUCUGACAAGUAUGCUGAAAGAGGAUGGGUUCUUGAUGGAUGAUGUUUCUCCCCAUUCGCCGGAAACUGACGCCACAGAUGAUGACUGAAAUGUGGACUAUAUGCCGGAAGCUGUCAAUGUCCCAAUGGCUUUGAAAUGUUAACCAAAAAGUCCAACGAUGUGAAUGUUAUUGUGUUAUAUUUUAACAGCUAUGUAAGCAAGCCUUAAUAAAAAAAGUAUUU